AUGUCCCACAAAACUCAUCCAUUUUCUGACAUUGGCUUCCGGUUGUUCCAUGAACAAGACUUCACCUCCCAGCUCCAGGUAAGAAACGCGCAGGACCCCAAAGUGGGCGAGAAUUCGAAGAGGCGCCCCCACCGCGCCCCGCCCUACUUCGCUUCAUCACUUCCGGAUCUCUGUGCAAGCGCUCGUUUCUACCAGAGUUCUGCUCGAGAGCGACCUUUCGACCUCGCGUCUUCCCACGUGCUCCUACCUAUCCCCCACCCCCACCGUAGUCCUUGUGCGAGUGGAGCCGCGCAGCUAGCGAGCGCCCCUUUUCUCCUGCCCCACCCUCCUCUUCACAGGGAGCCGACUUGCACGCACACUCCGUCUCGAGCACUUAUCCCCGCCUCUUCCCAGUCUCCCCUUCCUCCACUCGAGGAGCCAAGGGUGAGCACGCGCCUCUUUUUCCCGCCCGCACCUCAUUCUAGAAAACUGAGGAGUGGGUGGGUUCUGUCUGUCCCAGGUCCUCGGCAGGGCGCGCGCGUCUCGCCACGCCCCUCUUUCCUCCGGCCCCGCCCCAGCUCUACUCCCCAGAGCUCAAUCCAGGGUGCGCUGGACGGCUGCCCUCGGGGUUAUCUUUUGCUGAGAGACCUGAAGGGCAAUAAGAGGGAAAAGGGCGGUAUUACUGAGGCGGGCAUGGAGGAAGAAUCGGCCCGAGGGUUAGACUGGGACAGUGACGAGACGGUGGUGGAGGGCUCUGUGACCGAGAGCGAGCGGGAGGAUGAGGAGCUGCCCCUGAAAAGAGGAGUGUAUGGAGAAGCAUCCUCUCCAGAAAUUCAUCUUGUGUACAAACUUAAAGAGUAUCUACAAGAGCAGAUGAAUAAGCACAUGAUAAACCCAUUUUCUUGCUUCCAGAGCCAUAAAUACCAAUCUUUGCACCCUGCACAAGAAACAUUUACCAGGAGUGGGGAAGAAGUUGAGAUCUUUUGGAUUGUGACCACUAUUUUCAAGGAAGGGGAUGAAAUGGAUUACCCACUAUUCAUUGAAGAAGGCCCCAAAGAUGAUCAGGUGCAGGAUUCUGAAUGGAAGAAUGAACACAAUUACUCUGCAGGAUUUGAUGUGGAAGACCUUGGAUUUCUACAAAGGCCAGAAAAGGAAUUAAGUGUUGGAGUUGAUUCUCCUGAAACUAGUCUACUCUCAGGUGCUGUUACUACAAGUUAUAACGCAGUAGAAGUAAAGAAAAAAUCAUCAGAGAAGCUGGAGGGAUCCAGCAUGUUAUCACAUUUUCUAAAGGAAGUUGCUUUGCCUUCAAGAGAAAUCAGGGAAGAUUGUUCCUGUGAAAUGUUGGUACCCACUAUAGAAGACACUUUAGGAUUUUCAGAAAGUAUUCUGGGUGAAUACCCAUUUAUAGUGAAUGAAUUUGAAACUAAAGAGCUAUUAAAACCAUUGAGUGAUUUGGGUAGCCCCAAAUCAAUGUCACCUUUAGAUCAUUUGCUGAUUUGUCAGGAAGAUGGUCUGACAGAAGACAUGCAAGAAAAUGACAAAAAUGAUGCAUUACCAGCUGAGCUGCUGACAGCUCUGAACACAUUGUCAGAAUCUAUGGUUGAAUCCAUCUGUCAAAGAGUGGAAAGAGACAGUAGGCCCUGUGCUGAGGAUGAAUGCUUAGAAACAGAACCCAGCAUUUCUCAGACAGAUGAUGAUUGCACUCAAAUAGCAGGAAUGAAUUUUGAAUUUCAACAUUCUGUUCAGACUUUUGGACAAGGUCCCAAAUUAACUGAGCCUUUGUUCAAGAAUAUAACAAUGCAGCAAGAUAAAGAAUAUACAAGUUCAUUUGGACAGGAAACCUUAGCACAUCAAAAUGUUGCCUGCUUUGAUGCACUUAGUAAAGAGGGGAAUUUAAAUACCAUGGAAAAUAAUACAGAAACUUCAUACAUGUUAAGGAGAUCAGCCAGACUGAAAACAGUAAGAGCAGAAACUACCUCUAAGAAUAUAGAUGAGGCAUAUAAAGUACCGGAAGAGAUUCUACAGAAAACAGAUAGUAUACUUCCAAUUGAGUAUUUCAGAACACAAGAUUCUGCUUUUCAAAAUACCAGUGAUGAUAAGUCUGUGGAAUGGAGCAAAAACCAGUUUUUAUCUGCUUAUAGCUGUGAUGAUGAAGAGAUAAUAAAGAGUAGAAGAACAACAAAAAACAGAAAAAAUCACAGGAACAUUUCAAAACUUUCAAGUAUUAAUCGAAGAGACAUCUAUGGAGAAUCACCUCUACAUAAAGCUGCUCAGGGAGAUGAUUCUACUCUUGUCAAGAAAUAUAUAAAACUAGGUGGAAAUAUAAACUUGCCAGAUUAUGCUGGCUGGACCGCGCUUCAUGAGGCAAGUGUGAAUGGAUUUUAUAAGACAGUCCUUGAACUGUUAAAAGGCGGAGCUGAUGUAAAUUGCAAAGGGAUGAAACAAAUCACCCCAAUAUAUGAUGCUGUGUUAAAUGGGCAUUAUAAGGUGGCAGAAUUACUUCUUCAAAAUGGAGCCGAUCCAUUAUUUAGAAAUGACUAUGGAAAAUGUGCCUUGGAUGAAGCUAGUGACGAUGCCCAUAUGAAACAACUUCUGGAACGCUAUAUACACAAAUCUGAAACAUGUCCUAUUGCAGAAAAGUCUGAUAUGCUGACCAACUCAGUAACUCCAAUGCUGAAAAAUCAUCUGUGUCACAGUAGUGAAAUUUUUUCAGUUUCCAAAGGGACAGGUGCUUGUGAAAAUGACACAACUUCACUUACCCUAAUGAGUCAAGAACUACUUGGCCAGAGCACAGGUUCAGUGGACAAUCAGAAGGAACCUGAUAUCUUAGAAUCAGAAACUAGUGAGCCAGCAGAAGCCAUCUCUCUUUCAGGAUUCUGCUCUUGUGAAGAAACCAAGUUACCAUUGGCCACUGAAGGAAAUGAUCACACUACUUAUGAGAAACCUGUUCCUUGUAAGGUUGGUGACAAUAAUAGCCCAAGUCUGAACAGUAAGAAUGUGACAGUCUGGGAAAAGAGUUUCCUUUCCUUUUUACAUAAAAAUGUUGACAGUGAUAGUGAUAAUAAUGAUGUUGGUGAUGAUGGAUGCUAUUUUGAGGAGACUUCAUUGUCUGAGAAGAUGAAUUGUUUUGUAAAUGAUGAAAACCAGAAUAAUUGUAAAGCAAACUCAGAGCAUGAAAAAGAGUCAAGUUCCCAACACUACUUACCUUCUGAAACUCAAUCUUUACUCCAGGACAAUGUUUUUCAAGCAGGUAGCCUCACAGUGAUUUCACAACAGGACUUCAUUAACUUAUCUGAUUCAGACUGUACCAUUAUUUCUGAGAGGUAUGUUAUAAAUGAUGAACAGAAUAUUAAAAUAAUUAUUUCUGAUGUCGACUCUGAGCAGAAUCCCUUGGUUAAUACAGAGACACCGUCAACACCUGACUUAUCAGGGCAAAUCAGCGGAUGGGGAAUCUCUGCCAGUCUUCAUAAUAAUACCACCACUGCACCAAGUUAUUUUGUUAAUCAGAUAGAUGAGAAGAGAGAGACAAGUGGGAGAGGAGAGGAGAGUUCAGAAAGAACCUGCACUGAGAGAACUCAAGAGAACCAUCAAAAGAGUACUGAAUGCACAGAAUCAUCUUGUGAAAAGGAAGCAGUUGAAAUGGAAGUAAAGCAGCCAGAACUUCCAGAGAAUGAUGUGAUUCUAAAAAAAAAAAUACAGUCUACUAAGAACAUGCAUGAGGAUUUAAGAGAUGCCUCACAGCUCAAGCAAGGGAUAGAGAAGACAAUUCUUUUUCAAUCAGACAAGGACAAAACUGACAAUGUAAACAAAGAGCAAAACACUGAAAAAAGCCACAAAGAGACAAGAGAAAAAAGCCCAGACACUCAUGUGCCUAGAAAUUUACAACUGUGUGAAAAAAGUGUUCAGAUCAAAAGAAAAAGGCAAGAUUUUGAAGAAACUACUGAUGAUCAAAAUCUGAAUUCAUCCAUAAUCUGUAAGAGGAAUGCCAAAGGCAAAAGUCGUCUGCAUUUGGCUGCUAAAAGAGGAGACUUGUCUUUAGUCAAAGCACUAAUAGAAUCUGGAGCCCAUCUGAAUCAAAAGGACAAUGCAGGAUGGACAGCACUUCAUGAGGCAGCUAAUAAAGGAUUUAAUGAAGUAAUGGUGGAGUUAUUGAAAGCUGGUGCUAAUGUUAAUAGUGAAAGCCUGGAUGGGCUUUUGCCCAUACAUAAUGCAGUUUCAGGCAAUCAUUUGAAGGCUGCUGAACUCCUGCUGCAACAUGGUGCAAAUCCUAAUCAAAAGGAUGGAGAUCAAAAGAGUGCCCUAGAUAGAGCAAAGGAUGAAAAGAUGAAGAAGUUGCUGAAGUCUUGGAAUGGAAAUGAAACUAGAGAUAUUUGUCACAAUAAAGUCACUGGUAUGUUGUCAAAAAGACAAAAACAGGAGUCUUGCUGCAAAUCUAAAAGUGCUGGUCCACUUUCAUUUUCACACCAAGAUUCAACAAAAGAAGGAGUUCCCAUGCAUGAUAGUCUCCAUACCAUUUUACAAGAGAUCGGAGAAAAACAAGAAAGCCUGUUGCUGUUUGAAAUAAGAACACCCAAAGAUGCUGACCAAUACAGUGAGAAGAUGUUACAGAUUAAGGAUAUUAUGGACAGUGUUCUUGCCAAACAGAAAAAAGAAAGAGAUGAUCUUGCUAAAAAAUACAGGUCUUCGAUAGAAUCUUUCAGACAGGGAUCACUGAGAGAAAAACUGGCAAACUUGGCCACUCGACAAAAGAAUCUUUUAAUAGUAGCCCAGAAGCAGAAGAAAUUAAGCCAGAAAAUACAAAAUUACAAGAACACAAGAAACACAUCUGGUCUGGGUGCUAGGCAAGAAUCACCUGAUUUAAGGAAUUCCAAUGAAAAUGAUGAGGGCAGCUACUCUAUUCCUGGGGAAAAAGCAACACAGCCUGAUUCAAUUUCUGUCCCUUUGAGGUUCCCUUCCAGUCCCACCAGUGGAAGCAGUCAGAGAACACACUGUACUAGAAGGCAGGAGGAUAACCAAAAUCUGGGUAGUUGUAUGAGUGAGAGCUGGGUACAUGAGAAAACAGCUGAAAGUGAAUGUUUUUCUUUUAAUGAACUAAUCACUAACGAAAGACCUGGAAAUUAUACUUUAGAGAGGAAAUCAAAAGGCAGUUAUAUCCAUGGCAUCGAAAUGGUUAAACUCCCUCCCCAGUAUGUGACUUCUAGUGCUCAGGCAAAAUAUUUACAAGAAGAAAAUUAUACUGCAGUAAUUACAGCCAAAGGAAGCAAAUCUCUAAAUCCCUCUGCAAUAACUGAAACUUUAAAUGUUUUAGAGACCACAAGUGCUACUGUCAGAAAUAAUACCCAUCAACCAAACACUGUUUACCAGCCAGCUUUUACCAGUAGUCUUUUACCAGGAAACAUGUCUAAGAAAACAGUUUCUCAAGAUCCACCCAGGACAGUAUCAGAAUCACUUGUGCGAUCUUUUCUUGCUCAUCAAGAAAAUGCAUGUGCAGAUAAUGGUGCUUUGCUUAGGAUGAAACCAAAUCAUACAGAGUCAAGACCUGUUGGCACACUUGCAGAUAAUAGUCAAAUUAAUUUCUCCUUAGAAUCUUCCAAUCAAAAUAACAAACAGGAACCUUUACACUGCAGAGCAGAGAUGAAAAUGAAAAAAACCCAGAUCAAAGAAUUGAUUUCCUUGGGAAGAAUUAAACCAGGAAAUGAUGUUCUGGAAUUCAAAAUGCAGGAUGCCACCUACAAAGCCAGUAUCUUACAAAAUGGUAAAAUCAAAGCAAAAAAUGGUGAGAUUUAUCAAAACCCAAUCACCUGGAUCAAGGCACUUUUAGGAAGUAACAUUUCUGUGACCUGGAAGUAUGUAUGGAAUAAGGUAACAUAUCUUGGGAAAGAGCUCUGUAAGUACAUUACUGAAGAAGUGCCUAUAAUUACAGAACCAAAUGUAGUGUUGCAAGAAAACCAGCCCUGUCUGUCAGGACGUUCCAGUGAUUCAGUACAAAACUUCAAGCACUAUCUUCAGCUGAACGAAAUAUUAUUGAUCAGCAAUCAAGAAUUUCUUCCAUGCCAUAUAAUGGAACAACACUGGAAAUUCUAUAUGGCAAGUGAAAAUGGGCUCUUCUGAGAUUUUGUGUAACAGUGGCAUGUCUUAUUUUGUUUAAAGCCUUAAAUUUUGUUUGUUUUAUGAAUUGAAGUUCUAACUUCAUCUUGUGAAAUGUGAUGAAAUUAUUUUGACUUAAAAAUUCUGCUGUUAAAAUUCCUGAUGAUUCUAUGAUAUGACCAUACUCAUAUUAGGAAAUGUUGAAUUUUUUGUUUUAAUGAAUUAAGUAUAUUUUUGCCACUGAAAUAAAGGCAUCUUA